GGGCAUUCUGUCGCGCCACUGCUGACCAAGUUUCUGGUCAGGAAUGUUUCGUCGAUCCGCGCUGCGUCCAGGCCACUUAGUCUGUGAUGCUUUGUCAUGCGCGUCUCACGUGCAGACGCCGUGGCGUACCCGUCGGGCUAUCGACACGGGUCCGUGCAGUCUUUUGUGCGGGGUCAUGGGCGUUUGUACUUGCGGAUGCUUCGCGUCGUCUCCUAGGUGCGACAGCUUUCGGCCUUACAACCCCUGCAUACCUUGACGGACACCGAUGGUGUCAAUCUUCCCGCCCUCGCGAAGUUCACGAGUUCCUUCGAGAGCAUACUCAAUUAUUAAAAGAGGAAGUGGAGCUCUUUGCUCGCUCCCAACGGCGUGGGAUGUCGAAGGUGCCCCAUCGCUCACAGUCGGCUUGGAAGACAUGCGGGUAUUUGGGCAGAGUGAGACUCGUAGUCUUUGAAAGAGCAAAUGGUAGCAGUGACGCGAAGUUGGCCCCAUCGUAUACCUCGCCAUCACGGGAGAGUCUUGACGGCGGAGGAUUUGAGAGGAGCUGAGCGGCGAGAAUUCCAACGAAACAGUCAGUAAGCGCAGUGAGAGCUGGACGAGAUCAACUUCGAGCGGUGGACUCCAGUUGGAGCGUGAUCCUUGCUCCCAGAUAGCAUCCAUUCGACCCAGAGUGGCGGAGGUGGCCCCUGC